UUGUACUUGAGUUUUAAUAAGAUAGAUAACCAUAUGCUCAUCAUCUUUUCACUUCAUCAAAAAUCAAAAGGUACCUCUCUCAAACUCUCUUGCUUUCUCAAAUUUUCAAUAUUUUCGAACCAUUCUACUACUGUAUUGUCUGUGAUUUCUUCAAUGUACUCAAGUUCUUCAUCUGUUCUUCGCCAAAAAUGUCUUUGAUCCGCAAAUGUUUGACCAAAGAAAAAUAAAUUGUUCCUGCACCGAAGUCAGCAUCAGAUGAAUCUGUAUAUUUAGUCAUGCCGUUCCGUUGAUCAGAGGCCUUCCAUUGCACUGAGAGACACAACUACUCUUGACUCGGCUCAGCUUCAUUUGGAUCAAUUUUCUGAAGACGCAAUCCAUCAAGAUCGUGAGGGUCAUGAAGACAUUGUCUCCACGGGUGUUAUGGUUAAAAAUGGAAUUGGCGAAAAGAGAGUUGUUGAUCAUGAAACCACCAAAAGUGGAGUUGAUACAUGAGAGAACAACAUAUAUGCUGAAGAAUAUGAAUCGUCUUUAGAGGAAUAUCUUAUGUUAGUCAGCACUCAGCAGAGGAGGAAGUUAUGUUCUUCCAUACGCAAUCCUAAAACCCUCAAUUUUAUCAUAUCGGGUUGGCGGGUACCAAUUCCAUCCAGACCCACUCGCCCCACAUAAAUUAAACUCAACUCACACUCGCGUCCACAGUUCAAAUAUUACGCAUCUGUCGACAUGCGCCCGCCUACAGUGGUUUAAACAAAGUUGGUCCCCGAGUUAUGACUCAAAUUCCCAUCUCUACAUCUACCUUAAUGAAUGUAGGGUCAUAGUGAUAGAAGGAGUGAUUUCCAUUUUCAUGUUUUGUCCUCCUAUGUUUUGUCCACUCUUGUCUUCUCCAUGUUCCCAGAUUUUUUAUUUGGUACGGUAGAAAAGAAUUUCUUCAUUCUCAUACCACGGGAGCUUUCAAAACAAAAAGAUUUCAUAUAUCAAUUACCUUGUUCUAUCUGGGAUACAAAUGUUAAGCUCUAAAGCUCUUGCUAUUUCAGAAAUGCCUUCGUUAUUAGUAUUUACCAAGGUUACAUAAUCAUCUUUACGUCCUCUUUAUUCAUUGUAAGUGCAUCACCAUCAUCUUGUGAUUGAGUAUGGUCUAAUGUGCUUGAUUCAAACUAUUCUUGCAGUUAUUUUAAAAUGACAUUAGGCAUUAGCUAUAGCAUUACAAAAUCUCAGUAAACUCCAAAAGAGCAAGAAAUAAUGAAUCUACUCGAUUUUUUUUUGGUUUGCUAGUUUCUAAUGGACACAAGUUGUUGUUUUGCUAAGAAUGUUAAAUUUCAUUUAAAAUGAAUGAAGGUUACACUUUUGUACCUAAAACAAAAGAAACCAUGGCAAAAAGAUAAAAACAAGUUGUUUUGCUAAAAAAUACUAGGAUGUUUUGAAAGUUUCCCCUAUUAGAGAGUACACACCAAGAAUGAAUGUGUUGUCCUUUUAGACACUUUUGUUUGCUCUUGGGAAAAUCUUUCUAACGUGUAUUAUGGUCAAUAUUUCUAACGUACAUUACACUUUUGAAUGGAGCAUAUUUAUCUCAUUAACCAUCCUCCAUUCAUUUUAUGUAUUAAAGUUAUGGUGUAUGAUCAGAGUCAAAUCCUUUUUUUAUUUAUAAGAAGACCCUUGAUUUUUAUUUACAUUUUUUUUUCUGAACGAAGACGCUUGGUUACAGCUAGAAACACAGCCUUGUGAUUUUAUAUAUUACUAUCGAUUUAUUAAGUUUAUAUUCACCACAUACAUUAGUAUUUUAAUUUAUAAACUCCCUUGUUUUUCUAUAUUCAGAACAACAUGCUAAUCACUAAACCGUAUAUGAUAAGGAUCUUAGAUUGCAAGUUGUUUAAAAAAAAAAAAAGGCUGAUGUUAUCCGUAAUCUAAUUAUAAAGCGAUAAUUGCUUAAAUAAUAUGUCUUCCUAAUUUAAUUGGUGAAGCCGGAAUAAAAAGUCAACCAUAAACCCAUCUUCCUCCUUUUAAUAGAAACACAGGAGACGGCCUUUCUUCGCACGUCUCUCUCUUUCUAAACUCUGUCAACAUGUCAGCAGCUCUAACUUGCUCUGCCGCCGACCUCUCCUCCCUGCUCGGUCCCAACGCCACCGCAGCAGCGGAAUACAUCUGCGGCCAACUAGGCACUGUUAACAACAGAUUCACCGAUGCAGCCUUUGCCAUAGACAACACCUACCUUCUCUUCUCAGCUUACCUCGUAUUCUCCAUGCAGCUAGGCUUCGCGAUGCUCUGUGCUGGCUCCGUUAGAGCCAAGAAUACGAUGAACAUCAUGCUCACCAAUGUCCUUGACGCUGCAGCCGGAGGACUCUUUUACUAUCUUUUUGGUUACGCCUUUGCCUUUGGCGGAUCGUCCGAAGGAUUCAUCGGAAGACACAACUUUGCUCUUAAAGACUUUCCAACUCUCACCUCCGACUACUCUUUCUUUCUCUACCAAUGGGCAUUCGCAAUAGCAGCAGCUGGAAUCACCAGUGGGUCCAUCGCUGAGAGGACUCAGUUUGUGGCUUACUUGAUAUACUCUUCUUUUUUAACCGGAUUUGUUUAUCCGGUUGUCUCUCAUUGGUUCUGGUCACCAGACGGAUGGGCCAGUCCGUUCCGUUCACCAGAAGACCGUUUGUUUGGCACCGGAGCCAUAGAUUUUGCUGGCUCCGGUGUUGUUCACAUGGUUGGUGGCAUAGCGGGACUAAUGGGUGCUCUUAUCGAAGGUCCUAGACGUGGCCGGUUCGAGAAAAGUGGUCGUGCUAUAGCUCUACGUGGCCAUUCUGCUUCCCUUGUUGUCUUAGGGACAUUCCUCCUUUGGUUCGGUUGGUAUGGUUUCAACCCUGGUUCCUUCGCAAAGAUCCUCGUUCCGUACGAGUCUGGUUCGAGCUACGGCCAAUGGAGCGGAAUAGGCAGGACGGCGGUUACGACCACGCUUGCUGGAUCCACCGCGGCUCUAACCACACUAUUCGGAAAACGUCUCCUCUCUGGUCAUUGGAAUGUAACUGACGUAUGCAAUGGCUUGCUUGGUGGGUUCGCGGCGAUAACCGGGGGUUGCUCUGUGGUGGAGCCGUGGGCUGCGAUUGUCUGUGGUUUUGUGGCUGCCCUCGUCCUCAUCGGAUGCAACAAGCUCGCAGAGAUGGUGCAAUACGAUGAUCCCCUCGAGGCGGCGCAACUACACGGAGGAUGCGGCGCGUGGGGGCUUAUAUUCGUGGGACUUUUUGCAAAGGAGAAGUAUGUGAACGAGGUUUACGGCGCGGCACCUGGAAGGCCAUACGGACUGUUUAUGGGCGGAGGAGGGAAGCUGUUGGGAGCACAGUUUGUUCAAAUACUUGUGAUUGCAGGAUGGGUUAGUGCUACCAUGGGAACACUCUUCUUCAUCCUCAAGAAGCUUGACCUGCUUAGGAUCUCGGAGAAGGAUGAGAUGGCCGGAAUGGAUAUGACACGUCACGGUGGUUUUGCUUAUAUGUACUAUGAUAAUGAUGACGAGUCUCACAGGGCCACUCAGCUCCAAAGAGUUGAACCUUGAUCUCCUUUACCCUCGCUCGGCUACUCAUUCUCGCUUUAAUUUUCAAGCUUUCUAAUAAUUUAUAUCUUUUUAGUAUUUAUGGGGUUAUUGAUAUUGUGUGAUCUAUCUCUGUGUUAUGUGUGUUUCAAGGUGAGACAGUUGACAAAAAUUACAUGUCAUAUAUAGUUUAUGAUAUUUGAAAAUCGUUUUCAGUUGAUUACAUA